GACGCUGACGUAAAAGCGUAAACACCUCGCGAAGCGUUUAUUCAACGAAAGCGCAGCAAAAAUGUAUUUAACGUGUAAGAUAAUGAGAAAGACAACAGUUAUUUUAGCACAGAAUUGUUGUUUAUAGUAUUAACUGACAGGUUCGGCUAAAGAGGUAGAUAUUUUUUUUAACUUGUCCACGUAGCCCAAAUUAAACUUCAGCGUCGAUGGAGCAGAAGCUCGCCGAGUUCAGAGCCAGACGACGGGUUGAAAAGGUUCAAAUGAGUGAAGCUGCGGAUCUUCAGUUCACAGAACAGACAGCGGCAGAGACAGCUGUUCAGUCUGACAGUAGUCAACAAGCAGAGAAGACUGAAACUAACCAAACUGCUGCUCACAGCUCCCAAAACCGGGAAAGUGGAGACUGGCUGCUGGAUAGCUCUCUGGGAAGAUGGCUGGCUUCCAGGCAGCUCGUCAUCUCAAACCUUAUUUUGCUCAAAGUGCUUCUGUGGCUGGUUCUUCUGGGCCUGUUCAUUGAGCUGGAGUUUGGCCUGCCCUUCUUCAUUAUCUCCCUCUUCUACUGGCUUUAUGAAGGACUCCGCAGUCCGGCACCCCGAAAACCUGGAGAACUGAGCGCGUACUCCGUCUUCAACCCAGACUGUCAGCCUCUCCUGGGCUCCCUGACUGCUGAACAGUUGGAGGGGGAGAUGGGUUACAGACCCCUGGCUAACAGAUGAAGUGUUCGCAAUUUGCACGGUUAAAGUUGGGAAAGUCGUUUGAAAAAUGUCAGUUAACAUAACGUUAAUUCUGCUACUU